UCGCGUUAUCAAACGACGUUUACACAAAUAUGCAAAUAAACAAAGGCAUAAAAAUUAUUAAAUCUCGAAAUGUGGAUAUUAAAUAACUUGAUGACGUCUCUAACGCCACUACAAGAAUUUCCAGAACAGAUCAAAUAUGGCUUCAUCGAUUCCAAAUUCGGCAGGAUACUGCUUGGGACGACGCCGAUUCAAAAGAGCGGCAAAAUCAUUGACGCUAUUUGCGUUUUGUAUUUUGUGCAAAUGGAUGACAAAAAAAGUUUGGAGCAACUUCAUCGACGUUGGCCCAAAGUGAAGCUCGUUGCAGAUGCAAAGGCCAUUGGGGAGAUAAGAAAUAUUUUGUUUGAGGAAAAAGAAAAUGCAGCCGUCGUCGACAUCGCCCUUAAGGGCACAGAUCUGCAGCUGGCCGUAUGGGCAGAGCUAUCAAAGAUGGCAGCUGGCACCACAUGCACAUACGCCGAGCUUGCCGAUCUGGUAGAUCGACCAAAGGCUGUUCGGGCGGUGGCCAGUGCUGUAGCUAAGAACGAGGUAUCCAUCCUGAUACCUUGUCAUCGGGUGGUAUCGAAGAGUGGUGCCAUAAAAUAUGGAUGGGGCGCAGCGCUAAAAAGUUCCUUAUUAUGCUACGAAGAGAAUAUAUAAAUCGGUUGGUUAUAAA